CGAGGAGGAGGAGGGAGAAGAUGGCCGCCGUCGUCGUCGCCUCGCCUCAGGCCUGGUCUCUCCUUGUGAGGCGGGAAGGCGGCGGAUGGCGCAGAGAACGGAGACUGAGAGAGAGAGAGAGAGGACAUGGGGGUUCUAUGGAGCCACCCCUGGCGUGAUGAUAAACAAACCAGCUCAUGGUGGAUACUGAGGAAUUUGGAAAGCAAAAGUACAGUGAGGAAACCAGACCUAUAGGAAAGAGAAAUCCUCUCAAGGGGCUGAUCUUACUAGAUGGUAGAAUACACUUUACAUCAGAACAGGGAAAACAAGAGUCAAGUGUCCAUAGUGCAAUCGUAUGUAGAUAACGCUAUCGAUAUGGAGGAAAAAGCUUAUAAAUGUAUUGAAUGUGGAAAGAGCUUUAGUCAGCAUGGACCUCUGAAGAGACAUCAAAGGGUUCACACUAGUGAAAAACCCUAUAAAUGCCUGGAGUGUGGACAAAGUUUUACUCGGAGGGAAUAUCUAUGUUCACAUCAAAGGACUCACACUGGGGAGAAACCCUAUAAAUGCCUGGAAUGUGGACAGAGCUUUACUCAUAGUUCAAGUCUACAUUCACAUCAAAGGACUCACACUGGGGAGAAACCCUAUAAAUGCCUGGAGUGUGGACACAGCUUUGCUCAUAGGUCAAGUCUAUGUUCACAUCAAAGGACUCACACUGGGGAGAAACCCUAUAAAUGCCUGGAGUGUGGACAGACCUUUACUCGGAGGGAACAUUUACGUUCACAUCAAAGGACUCACACUGGGGAGAAACCUUAUAAAUGCCUGGAGUGUGGACAGAGCUUCACUGAGAGGGGAAAUCUACAUAUACAUGAAAGGACUCACACUGGGGAGAAACCCUAUAAAUGCCUGGAGUGUGGACACAGCUUUAUUCAGAGUUCAAGUCUGCGUAACCAUCAAAGGACUCACACUGGGGAGAAACCUCAUAUAUGCCUGGAGUGUGGAAUAAGCUUCACUCAGAGUGGAAAUCUACGUAUACAUGAAAGGACUCACACUGGGGAGAAACCCUAUAAAUGCCUGGAGUGUGGACAGAGCUUCACUAAGAGGGGAAAUCUACGUAAACAUCAAAGGACUCACACUAGGGAGAAACCCUAUAUAUGCCUGGAAUGUGGACAGAGCUUCACUGAGAGGGGAAGUCUACGUAUACAUGAAAGGACUCACACUGGGGAGAAACCCUAUAAAUGCCUGGAGUGUGGACACAGCUUCAUUCAGAGUUCAAGUCUACGUAACCAUCAAAGGACUCACACUGGGGAGAAACCCUAUAAAUGCCUGGAGUGUGGGCAGAGCUUCACUCAGAGGGGAAGUCUAUGUAUACAUCAAAGGACUCACACUGGGGAGAAACCCUAUACAUGCCUGGAGUGUGGACAGAGCUUUACUGAGAAGGGAAGUCUACGUAUACAUGAAAGGACUCACACUGGGGAGAAACCCUAUAAAUGCCUGGAGUGUGGACAGAGCUUCUCUGAGAGGGGAGGUCUCCGUAUACAUCAAAGGACCCACACUGGGGAGAAACCUUAUAAAUGCCUAGAGUGUGGACAGAGCUUUACUCAGGGAGGACAUUUACGAUUACAUCAAAGGACCCACACUGGGGAGAAACCCUAUAAAUGCCUGGAGUGUGAACAGAGCUUCACUGAGAGGGGAAGUCUCCGUAUACAUCAAAGGACCCACACUGGGGAGAAACCUUAUAAAUGCCUGGAGUGUGGACAGAGCUUCGCUCAAAGUGGAAACCUAAGUUCACAUCAAAGGACCCACACUGGGGAGAAACCCUAUAAAUGCCUGGAGUGUGGACAGAACUUCACUCAAAGUGGAAACCUAAGUUCACAUCAAAGGACCCACACUGGGGAGGAACCCUAUAAAUGCCAGGAUUGUGAACUGAGCUUCGCUAAGAGGGAAAAUCUACAUAAGCAUCAAAGGACUCACUAAAGAGAAAUUUUAUAAUUGCAUGGACUGUGGAAAGAGCUUCACAUAUAGUCACAAUCUACAUAAACAUAAUAGAAUUCACACUGGAGAGAAAGAUGGUAAUGGACACUACAGUCUUUCUAACAUGUACAAAAGCAACUCUUGCAAAUGUUGGAAAUGCAAGCCCAUAGUUGGAACAUUUUAUCAUUGUGGUGUAUUGUAAAGAGAUUGAGCUACAAUACAUUUCAUCCUGGAAGUAAUUUGUGAGGGCAGUUGAAAAAAUAUUAUAUUAAUUUUACAACAGAGGUCAGAAUUGGAAUUAAAAAUAUAAAGAUUCAAUCUACCUUGGAGCAGAAACGUUGGUUCAAAGCUGUUUCCCCUUGUAAAUUUCCACAGAACAUGUCUAUCGAUUUCUCUCCUUGGCAUAAUAGCAUAUUUAAACUGCUUGUUUAUUCUGCGAGUAUUUACAAAGUACUUAGGUCAGAUUGGCAGGGCAUGGUAAACUUGAACAAUGGAUUUAUUGAUUGGGAGGUGUCAAUACAACUCAGAGCUUCUAAACUCAUACAGUAGAAGAGCACCAUCUCACGGCCACUUCGUGCAAAUAGCAGGCACUUUCUGUUUUUAUUAAAACUGUCAUUUUUUAGUUAUAUUCACUUCAGAAAGCACGUUACGAUUAAAUUUAGAAAGGCUAUCAAGAGAAGGCGCUAAGGAAAAUCAGCCUAAUAUUUGCUGAUUGACUAUGGCUUCGAUAAUAAUGUCUAUGUACUCAAAGUAUUCAAUAAGAGAUAGCUUAAAAGGGAAAACCAUGGAUAAUGAGAUCAGCAGUUCCAAAAGAAACACAAGAAUAAAUAAAAUAAAUAAGAAGAAAUCUGUAUUCUAAGGAGAUUGGUUUUAAUGGAAUUUGCUUUUAAAAUUGGUUUUAUAAAUGUUAUAAACAUUUAAGAGGGUUAAGAAUCUAAUUCAAGGUUUAGAACAUUUGAACUUUGGAAUCACCAGAUGUCUGAAUUCCAUAAAACAAACUGUACAGUCAGUAGACGUUGAGCACCAUCGCACGUUUGCCUGACCUGGUCGAUGACCUAGACUAGAAAGUUGAGGGCAACUGUGCUCGUGGACACUUGUUUUUCACCUGUUUAAUAAUUAUACGGAGUAAAUUUUCGACUGUUGUACUUUCUGCGCAUGUGUAGCGGAAAUUGGUUUUGUCAGCACUAAUUGUACUAGAUAUUGAACAUGAUUGAACAUGAUUUUGUAAUGGUCCUUUGAACACGGAUCCCCCCCUCUUUUGCAAAAUAGUUAAGACCUGGACAUCGAUGUGCUGUCGCUGUUCUAGAGGUGUGUGUGGUAUUUGUUCCAAACCCCUCUCUGCAUAUUAGGUCUGUGUGCCAAGUUUGGUUGAGAUCCAUUGGUGUUUGGGUUCACAGUGCUCUCUAGAUGGAGGCGAACUACAACUCCCCCAAAUCAAUGUGAAUUUCCCCAAAGACUUCCAGUAUUUUUUGCUGGUCAUGGGGGCUCUGUGUGCCAAGUGAGUUCCAGUUCCAUCAUUGGGAGGGGUUCAGAGUGCAGAUGGUCCGCCCCAGGAGACUUAUGGAUCCUGAGGGACUCCUGACGUCUCUUGGGGUUCUGUCUGCUAUGGAGGCUGAUGAUCCUGUCGAUGCCUUGGUUGCUCGUUACAAUACCGAGUUGUCCAGGGCUAUUGACAUGAUCGCUCCCGAACGUCCCCUCUCGCUGCGUGGAGUUGCCCCAGCUCCCUGGUUCACCGGGGAGCUGGCGGAGAUGAAACGUGAGAGAAGGAGACUAGAGUGGCGCUGGCGGAGAACUCGCGACGUUUCUGACCGAACACGGGCUAAAGCCGUUAUUAGGGCUUAUUCCGUGGCGUUGCGGGCAGCCAGGAAGGUUUUCACGACUGCCCGCAUCGCGUCUGCAACAAAUAGAUCUUCUGAGUUGUUCCGAGUUGUUGGGGAGCUCCUCCACCCUUCUCAGGGUGGGGGGGCACCUGACUCCUCGGCAACUCGGUGUAGCGAGUUCGCUCACCAUUUUGCAGACAAAGUCGCUCAGAUUCGUUCCGACUUGGACGCCAGUCUUGAAGCAUUGCCAGGUGAGGUAACCGAGGCAUCUGUCUGUUCGAUCUUGUGGGAUUUGUUUCAGUUUGUGCAAUCUGAUGAUGUAGACAAGAUUCUUGGAGCGGUGAGGGCGACUACCUGUGCCCUAGAUCCCUGCCCAUCUUGGCUUUUAAAACAGGCCAGUGGUGGGUUAGUUGAUUGGUUUGUGGCAAUAAUUAAUGCCUCUUUGGGGCAGGGCAAAUUUCCAUCCAGCCUAAAACAAGCCGUGGUAAGGCCUAUUUUGAAGAAGGCCUCAUUAGAUCCUACCAAUCCUUGUAACUACAGGCCAAUCUCUAACCUACCAUUCUUGGGCAAGGUCUUGGAGCGGGUGGUUGCCUCUCAGCUCCAGGGAUUCUUGGAAGAUACGGAUUUUCUGGACCAAUCACAGUCUGGCUUUAGGCCUGGGUUCAGUACCGAGACGGCUUUGGUCGCCUUGGUGGAUGACCUCCGCAGGGAGCUGGACAGGGGGAGUGUGACCCUGCUGGUUCUCUUGGACAUCUCAGCAGCUUUCGAUACCAUCGACCAUGGUAUCCUUCUGGGGCGGCUUUCUGGGAUGGGCCUUGGGGGUACUGCACUCCAGUGGCUCCAGUCCUUUCUGGAGGGUCGUUCCCAGUUGGUGAAGCUGGGGGACACCUGCUCGGACCCCUGGCUAUUGACCUGUGGGGUCCUGCAAGGUUCUAUUUUGUCCCCCAUGCUUUUUAACAUCUACAUGAAACCGCUGGGAGAGGUCAUCUGGAGUUUUGGAGUACGGUGCCAUCUCUACGCGGAUGACACCCAACUCUACUACUCUUUUCCACCUAAAUCCAAGGAAGCCCCUCGGAUUCUGGACCAGUGUCUGGCCGCUGUGUUGGCCUGGAUGAGGGUGAACAAGCUGAGACUUAAUCCCGACAAGACAGAGGUCCUCCAGGUCAGUCGUACGUCUGAUCGGGGUAUUGGGUGGCAACCUGUGCUUGACGGGGUCGCACUCCCCCUGAAGGCGCAGGUCCGCAGCUUGGGGGUCCUCCUGGAUUCGGGGCUGACACUUGAGGCUCAGGUGUCGGCCGUGGCCGGGAGGGCCUUUGCACAACUAAAACUUGUGCGCCAGCUGCGACCGUACCUCGAGAAGUAAGAUCUGACCAAGGUGGUCCAUGCCUUAGUCCAUGCCAUGCAAUAGACUGGACUAUUGCAAUGCGCUCUAUGUGGGGCUGCCUUUGAAGACGGCCCGGAAAUUACAACUAGUACAGCGUUCGGCAGCCAGGCUUCUAACCGGAGCGAAUUACAGGGCGCGUUCAACGCCUCUGUUUAAGGAGCUCCACUGGCUGCCAUUUACUUUUCGGGCCCAAUUCAAGGUGCAGGUUAUCACCUACAAAGCCCUAAACGGUUUGGGACCCACCUACCUUACAGACCGCAUCUCCCUCUAUGAACCCACACGUUCUCUUCGCUCGUCGGGGGAGGCCCUUCUCUCGCUCCCACCACCCUCACAGUCACGGUUGGUGGGGACGAGAGAGAGGGCCUUCUCCGUCGUGGCCCCCCCGGCUUUGGAACUCUCUACCUAGAGAGAUCAGGCAGGCCCCUACCCUCCUCUCCUUCCGGAAGAGCUUAAAAACGUGGCUCUUCCAAAAGGCCUUCGAUGUUUAGUUGUUGCUGGAUUGAUCUAUCUGUCCAUUCUAUAAUAGUCCCAUUGUUGUUGUCUUGCCAUUUUAUACCGCACUUUAUUGUCCAACUGUGAAAUUUCCUUUUCCCAUUUCGUAUCACUCUGCAUUUCGCCUGGGAUCUACGAAUUAGUCUCCUGUUUUUAACACUGUAUCCUGCUUGUUGAUUUUAAUGAUUGUUUUUAUUGAUGCUGAUGUUUUUUACUGGGAUAAUUGUUUUAUUGCUUUGUUACUGUUUUGUUUGUUUUAUUGGGCCUGGCCCCAUGUAAGCCGCCCCAAGUCCCUUCGGGGAGAUGGGGCGGGGUAUAAAAAUAAAGUUAUUAUUAUAUUA